ACUAUUUGGCUAGCUUGCUGACUUGGGUUUUAUAAACUUACCAUCAUAUUGAUUUGAGUAGCUAGCUAGUUAUGUUUAAAUUAUGGUUUGCCUUUCAAAGUAAAAUGGCUGACCCUAUCAAGUGUACCCGACCAUGAGGAGUAGCAAGCUAACGUUAACUAGUUAGCUCCCUAGUGUUGCUAUUAAUUCCUCUCUAAAAGUAUUGCGCUACUGAAAUAAUAUAAUGUUGCAUUGUAUUGCCUUUAGCUAGCUAAGAAAUCAACGUACGGAAAAAAGGGGUUUUCGCUUGUGACCAAGCCAGACACUACCAUCUCAGACGAGCUAUAAUGUUAAUAUUCUACAGAGGAGGGCACAGCCCGUAGCAUUAACUAAGAUCAUAACUAAUGCUAAUUGAUCACACCAAUGCACGUCUGCAUAGAUAUCAUCAUAUACUACAAACCUGUCAUGUCUGUAAAUUAUUUAAACUUUUCGCCAAAAUAGCUUGUUAGUUGGAAAUGCCUUGUUGUAUUUGGCUAAAUUGCAAAGCAUCCAUUUUGUCGACGUGAGAUCGCCAGCAAGCAACACCGAAGUGAUUAGCCAUUGCACCGGCAGUUGGAUAGCUAACGUUAGCUAAUGUGGACAUUAAUCACCGCGAUUACAGCUUAUGUAGUACGUCGCAUGUUUAAAACUGGAAAAAUGUUAGGUUUAGAAACAUCACGAUUGUUUUGUGUGUAGUUUUUGUUUCCUGUUUGGUGCACGGAUUUAGACCUCCUCUUCCUCCCCUUUCCACUCUGCCAACAAAAACAGGAGGCGAGGAGACUGAAUUCACUGGAGUGUGCAUUUGGGAUCCCGUCUUGAACAUCCUCCACCAUUGCUCUUCACUCAGAAGACACUAUCGCCUCCCUUCGCCCAGGAUUUGGUUAUCAUGGCAAAAGAUGCUGGUCUGAUUGAAGCCAAUGGAGAACUGAAGGUUUUCAUCGACCAGAAUCUCAGUCCGACUAAAGGAGUUUUGUCACUGGUGACUGUCCAUCCAUCGUCCCUCACACUGGGGAAGCAACUGCUGCCCAAAACACUUGGACCAUCAAACGUCAACAUAGCGCCCCACAUGGUGAUUGGCACUCCUCAGCGGCCCAGCGGCUCCAAUACCAUCCUGGUGGGCAGCCCGCACACGCCCAAUGCCCAGUUCCUCAGCCACGGUCAGCCGCCCGACUCCUCCCCCUGGUCCACCGGGAAGCGCAGUAAGAAGGGGGAGAAGAAUGGCAAAGGCCUGAGGCACUUCUCCAUGAAGGUGUGUGAGAAGGUGCAGAGGAAGGGCGUCACCACCUACAACGAGGUGGCGGACGAGCUGGUGGCCGAAUUCAGCUCCUCGGACAACGUCGUGUCACCCGCUGACCCGCAUGUGUACGACCAGAAGAACAUCCGGCGCCGUGUGUAUGACGCGCUCAAUGUGCUCAUGGCCAUGAACAUAAUCUCCAAGGAGAAGAAGGAGAUCAAGUGGAUCGGACUUCCCACCAACUCCGCCCAGGAGUGCCAGAACCUGGAGGUGGAGAAACAAAGAAGGCUUGAAAGAAUCAAGCAGAAACAGUCUCAGUUACAAGAGCUCAUUUUACAGCAAAUCGCCUUUAAGAAUCUCGUCCAGCGAAACCGGCAGGCUGAGCAGCAGGCCAACAGGCCCCCCCCUCCCAACUCGGUCAUUCAUUUACCUUUCAUCAUCGUCAACACCAGCAAGAAAACCGUCAUCGACUGCAGCAUCUCCAACGACAAGUUCGAGUACCUGUUUAACUUUGACAACAUGUUCGAGAUCCACGAUGACAUCGAGGUGCUGAAGCGCAUGGGCAUGGCGUGCGGGCUGGAGGUGGGGAAGUGUUCCCCGGAGGACCUGAAGAUGGCCCGCAGCCUGGUGCCCAAAGCCCUGGAGCCCUACGUCACAGAAAUGGCUCAGGGCUCGAUAAGUAAUGUCUACAUCACGGGGGGAUCCUCCUCCAAUGGGGGGCGCUACCAUACUGGCAGUGAGAGCGGGGCAGACGGCACGCUGGCCUCCAGCUCCAGCGGGUCGCACUACAGCGGCUCGCGGGUCCAGACCCCCGUGUCCUACAUGGGCGAUGAGGAUGAUGACGAUGACUACGAGGAGAACGAUGACGAAGAUUAACCCUAUCUCUCCCCAUCCUGAAUACUCCUUCAAGCAGUCUUCUCCCACCCCCUUUCCCCCUCCUUCUCUCUCUCUCUCUCUCCAUUCUCCUUCUCCCCUUCCUCCUUCCCUCUGUGCUAAGGUCAUGGAUACCAUAGCAAGCUGGGAACCAAUAAUCUAUAGCUCCCAAAUAUUUGUGUAUGCUUUAUGGGGGUGUGGGUUGAUUUCAGAAUCAAGGCCUGAUGGGAGUUGUAGUCCUGAACUUGAUGUUUUGGAGUACGUGGCUCAGGACCUCCCAUCGGUGCCCAUGAAAACCGCUGUGCAGUGCCCCCUGGUUUGAGCUCUCAUAGUGAACUUCAUCUUUCAGCAAAGCGAAAGACCGCAAAGGAUUCCCUCCAAAACCUCUUAACAACCGACAGCUGUUGUUGGGAGAAAUCUGUAGUGUGAUGACAUGCGUGUGUAGUAAAGAUAUCUCCCGUUUGUUUGUGGGGUUUUUUUUUUGUUUUUUUUUUUUUUGGUUACGGCAUGUGGAGAAACACCGCAGACGUGACCGACCCAGGCUGUUUUUAAGAUGGCCGCCUCCCAAAGACUGUUAAAACAGAGACUGAAUCUGUGAACUGGCUGUGUCGGAGAACCUGUACGAGUCUUCAAGCUGAGUCGGCGAUGGAACCUCUAAGGCUGAACCUCUGAGGCUGAAUCCGAGAAGCUAAAUCUACAAGAUGGCCGAAAGCAGAAUCCCCGUGAAUCUGAGAGCCUGCUGAAUUGGAGAAUCUCUGAAUCCAAAGGCGGGCCGAAUCGAAUGAAUCUCUGAGCUGGCUGCAGAAGAGGCUCAACCUUUGCCUGGAUGAACAUUAUUUUUGUAUGACGAUUGAUUGCAGGUUUUUGAUCUCAUUUUGCUCAGUUAGGUUGGCUUCCUGAUGUUUUGUGGGCAGCUAUGUUUCGCGACUCGGUUGAGCAUUUCGGGACGAGUAGAUGUGUAGAGGAGCCCCUCCCCGGGCUCUCAGCCCCGCCCAUUUCUGUUUACAGUAUGUACAAACGAGGGACGUCUUGGUAAACUCGAACCCACACAAAAACUGCAUUUCGGGACAAGCUUUUGUGCAUGAAAAGACUGUUCGGUGAAAGCCGUUGAAUAUUUGGCUUUCUACAGAUUGGUGGGGAAAUGAAAAGUGAAUGUCACUUUGUUUCCUUAACAGAGUCAACUUUAAAAAGUAACUGUGGGUUGAGUUUCUGUCAGGAUUACCCUCAUGUCGCUCCUUUUUAAAACAAAACAAAAAUGUACUGACUCUUCCAAGUACCUUUUCUGUAAUCUAAUAUAAGUUUGAAAAUUAAAUAUAGGGAAUGUUUUAACAAGGUUUUUUGUAACUCAGAUUUGUCCUCUGAAAUAUUGUAAAGAAUUUUAUAAAGCAGUUGUUGGACAGACA